AUGUUGUAUUUGGGAGACUUGAAACCAACUAACGUCAUUAUUCAGUUAGCAAACCAAAGCACAACUCAGCCCUUGGGAGUGCUUGAAGAUGUGUUGGUAAAAGUUAACCAAUUGAUUUUUCCAACUGAUUUUUACAUUCUUGAUAUGCAGGAUGAGAACUCGACUUUGAUUCUGGGUAUACCAUUCUUGAUGAUUGCGAAGACCAAGAUUGAUGUCCAUACAGGCACAUUGUCCAUGGAGUUUGGAGAUGACACAGUUCACUUCAAUAUCUUUGAUACCAUGAGACAUCCAGCUGAGAGCCAUUCGAUGCUUUCAGAGUGUUCUAAUUUUUCUGUUUUUCUAGUUGAUGUAUUGGAUAGAAAUGUUGUUUUUGAUUCUGAUGUUGAUGUUGAUUUUGAUUCUGAUAUUGAUGUCAUAGAUUCUAAUAUUGUUGUAGAUGCUGUUGAUGUAGAUGUAGAUUUAGAUUUUAAUUUGUCUCAGUUUUCAUAUUUAGAUUUAGAUAUUUUACCAGACUGCACCUGUGAUAGUGGCAUUUGUUUCAUUUGUGCUGAGAUUAAUACUGCCAUAUCUUCUGUUGUUUUACUUUCCAUUGCAGAGCAGAAGUUCCUAGUGAUUAUAUCCAACAGCCUUCUAGAGGACCAAGAAGAGAAGCUACUGCAAGUCCUAAAGGUGCACAAGAAAGCUAUCAGUUGGACAUUGAAUGACAUUCAUGGAAUUAGUCCAGCUGUAUAUAUGCACAGGAUUCACUUGGAGGAUGAGUCUAGGCCAGUGAGACAGCCCCAAAGAAGACUCAAUCCUACCAUUCUGGAUGUAGUGAAGAAGGAGGUGACCAAGCUACUGAUGGCUGGAAUCAUCUACCCCAUUUCUGACAGUAAAUGGGUUUCACAUGUCCAAGUGAUUCAUAUUGCUCCUAAGGACCAACACAAGACCACUUUCACUUGUCCUUUUGGCACUUUUCCCUAUAAAAGGAUGUCAUUCGGCCUAUGCAAUGCACCUACUACUUUUCAGAGGUGUAUGUUGAGUGUCUUUUCUGAUUUAAUUGAUAAUUGCAUGGGGAUGUUUAUGGAUGAUUUUACUGUUUAUGAUUCUUCAUUUGAUUCAUGUCUGUAUAACUUAACCAGGGUACUAGAAAGAUGUGUUGAAACUAACCUUGUGCUUAAUUAUGAGAAAUGCCACUUUAUGGUAAAGGAAGGUGUAGUUUUAGGACAUCUUAUUUCUGAGAGGGGAAUACAGGUUGAUAAGGUAAAAAUUGAUGUUAUUUCCUCUCUCUCUUACCCCGUGUUUGUGCGGGAGGUGCGUUCUUUCUUUGGACAUGCAGGUUUCUAUAGGCGAUUUAUCAGAGACUUCAGUACCAUUGCUCUGCCACUGUCCAGUCUUCUGCAGAAAGACGUAUUGUUCUUAUUCACUGAUUCGUGUGAGGCAUUUGAGGAGUUGAGGAGGAGACUCACCACAGCACCUAUCAUAACUCUUGAUGCAGUUCAGAUAAAUUAUACCACCACUGAGAAGGAGCUGCUGGCUAUUGUAUUUGCAUUAGAUAAAUCUCGUUCUUAUCUGCUUGGCUCCAAAAUAAUUGUCUUUACAGAUCAUGCUGCACUGAAAUUCCUAUUGAAGAAGCCGGAUGUGAAACCUAGAUUGAUUAGAUGGAUGCUUCUUUUGCAGAAGUUUGAUAUUGAGAUAAAAGACAGGAGUGAUUCUAUUCCCUGGUUUGCUGAUAUUGUGAAUUAUUUGGUUACUUCUGUUGUACCUCCUGAUGCAUCUAGAUCCCAGGAGGCCAUUUUCGACCGCAGAGGACAGCUAGGAGAGUAUUGGACAACAAAUUUUAUUGUCCCACCAUUUUCAGAGAUGCAGCCAGAUUUUUUGAGAGCUGUGUGA